AUGGCAUCCUUCUCCAAAUCGAUCGCAAUCGUCGCCGGAGCUGGACCAGGAACUGGCGCGUCGAUCGCCCGCCGCUUUGCGAAGGCAUACCCCGUGGUGCUCCUUGCGCGCAGUCAAGCGAGCCUCGAACCUCUGGUCCAGGGCAUCAAUCAGGAUGGAGGAUGCGCCAUUGGCAUCCCAUCCGAUGUCACGAAUGCAGGGAGUCUAAACUCCACCCUGAAACAGAUCGAGCAGCGGUUCGGAUCUGAUCUCACGGUUUCGGCGGCCGUCUUCAACGUGGCGAGCAAGUUCACGCGCGCGCCAUUCCUGGAUUCCGGCGCAGAGUUCCUGGAUAGUCUCGAGGCGACUGCGCGGGGGGCCUCGAAUUUCUCCAAAGCAGUGUUGCCAUUGAUGCUGCGCGCAGUGUCGCAGGCAGAGUUGCGCCAUCCGCCGACGAUGAUAUUCACCGGUGCAACAGCCGCCAUGAAGGGGGGUCCCGGCUUGGGUUCAUUUGCCAUGAGCAAAUUCGCUGUCCGGGCGCUCUCCCAGUCGCUAGCGCGCGAAUUUGGUCCCAAGGGCGUGCAUGUUGCUCAUGCCAUUAUCGACGGGAUCAUUGCGACGGAGAAGACCAAGGAUUAUAACAAGGACACACCCGAUGCGAAGAUCGACCCCGACUGGAUCGCUGAGACGUACUGGUUCUUACAUACCCAGCCCCGGUCGAGUUUCACCCAUGAACUUGAUCUCCGACCAUACUGCGAGAGCUGGUGA